AUGAGGUUUGCAAAAGAAAAUAUGGGAAUUAAUGUACUUAAAAUUGUUACAAGCGGUACAUUUUGGGAAGAUGUUAAUUAUUCUUGUAGAGUGUUAAAUCCUUUAGUUAAGGUUGUAAGGUUAGUGGAUAUCGAGCGCAAACCUACAAUGCCUUCUUUUUAUGAAGCAAUGAGAAUAACAAGGGACAAACUCGAGAAGAAUUUCAGUGAAGAUGAUAAUACUUGGUCUAUAAUUAAGGCUAUCUUUGAUAAAAGAUGGAAGAAUAACUUCAAUCAUGCUCUGCAUUGUGUUGCUUAUUAUUUAAAUCCUUCCAUAUUCUACCAGAUCCCUGCUCAUUUAAUAGAUAAUGAUCCUAAGUACAUAGAAAUCAAAAGGGGACUUCAUACAACAGUGCAAAGGCUUAUUUCCAAUGAAGAUGAACUUGAUCAAGCUACAAGUGAAUUGGGAGAGUAUAGUGAUGGUAAUGGGAUCUUGGGAACUCCGACUUGUAAAAGAAGAAGAGAUAAAAAUCAACCUCAUGAUUGGUGGAUUAUAUAUGGAGGAAUCGAUGCCCCAAACCUACAAAAAUUUGCAAUCAGGGUAUUGAGUCUUACUUGUUCCGUUUCCCCGUGUGAGCGAAACUGGAGCACAUUUCAGAAUAAAUUGGAGCGUCGAUACAAAGAAUUCAGUGAAUAUAAUGAUGAUCCGAAAGCUCGUGACCUGGAUGAGCGUGAUGAAAAUGAUGAAUGGUUGUCUUUAGAGAAUUUGGAUGACUUGGUUAUAGAAGGCGAUAAUGUUACUUUGGAUGAUUUGCAGGAUAUUGUUGGUGAAGAAAGUAGUCCAGUUGUUAGUAGAGGUGCUUGUAACUCUCGACGCAAAUAUACUUAUCCCACUGACUCUGAAUAUGAUGGAUAUGAUGCCGAUGGCUUGAUGUGCGACUCUAUUUAUGGACUACUUGGUGGAGAUAAUUGA